AUGCCCCAGCGGUGGGGCAACUGCUUCUCGGGCGGCGACGUCCGCGUGGGCGGGCGCGUCCCCGAGGAACCGGAGCCGGAGGUCUUCUCCUUCGCCCACCCCCUCCCGUUCUGGCCCCCAGGCGGGGGAUUCGCGCGGGGGAGGAUACGCAUCGGCGGAGGGGAGCUGGAGCUCGCCGCGGCCACCGCGUUCGAGAAGAUCUGCACCCUGUCGUCGCGGCGGCGUGGCGGCGGCAGCGCCACCUUUUACCGGCCGGUCGGCGUCCCAGCGGGGUUCUCCCUCCUGGGCUACUACUGCCAGCCAAACUGCCGCCCGCUCCACGGCCACGUCCUCGUUGCCAGAGCGGGGGAGCGCCCGCCAGGCGCCUCGCCUCAGCCGCCGCCGCUCUGCAAGCCGCUGGACUACGCGCUCAUCUGGGAAUUCCAUGCCGGUGGCAACUGUGCCAAUGCUGGCCACGGGUACGGCCGAAGCGACGCCUACUUCUGGGUCCCCGUGCCGCCGGUGGGGUACUGGGCGAUCGGGUGCCUCGUGACGACGGAACGGCGGAGUCCACCGCUCGAGGAGGUGGCAUGCGUCCGCGAGGACCUCACGGACGAGGCGUGCGCCCGGUGCGCCGAGGGAUGUGGGGGAAAGGGGUGUGCGUGGGCACCUUCUGCUGCGCCGCUGAUCGGGCUCCCCCCGCGCGAGCACGGCAUGGCGUGCCUGGGCAACGCCGAGCUCGACCUGUCGGCGAUGCCGACGCUGGAGCAGGCGCACGCGGUGAUCCGGCACUACGGCCCCACGUUGUUCUUCCACCCCAAGGAGGUCUACCUGCCGUCGUCCGUCUCCUGGUUCUUCAAGAACGGAGCCGCAUUGUACAAGCGAGGUGGAGACACCGCGGGCGAGGAGAUCGACGGCGAGGGGUCCAACCUCCCUGGCGGGGGUUGCAACGACGGGGAGUACUGGAUCGACGUUCCCGGCGGCGAGCGGGGCCGCGCCGUGUGCCGCGGUAACAUCGACAGCGCGGAGCUCUACGCGCACGUGAAGCCGGCCAUGGGCGGCACGUGCACCGACGUAGCCAUGUGGGUGUUCUGCCCGUUCAACGGCCCGGCGAGGCUCAAGCUGGGUCCGAUCAGCCUCCCACUGGGCAAGACCGGGCGGCACGUCGGGGACUGGGAGCACUUCACAUUCCGCGUCAGCAACCUCACCGGUGAGCUCAUGGGCGUGUACUACUCGCAGCACAGCGGCGGGCACUGGGUGGACGCCUCCGCGCUGGGGUACAUCGACGGCAACCGGCCCGUGGUGUACUCGUCCAGGAACGGGCACGCGAGCUACGCGUACCCUGGUGUGUACCUGCAGGGCUCGGCCGCGCUCGGGGUCGGCAUCCGCAACGACGCCGCUCGGAGCAGUCUAUUCGUGGACUCCAGCGCCAGGUACCGCAUCGUUGCGGCGGAGUAUCUGGGCGAGGGCGCCGUCGUCGAGCCGCAGUGGCUGCAGUUCAUGCGGGAGUGGGGUCCGACGGUGGUGUACAAGUCGAGGAAGCGGAUGGAGUGGAUGGUCGGGCGCUUACCUCCCCGGCUCAGGUGCAGAGCGGAGAGCAUGCUGAACAAGAUGCCCAACGAGCUGUCCAGGGAAGAAGGGCCGACCGGGCCCAAGGAGAAGAACAACUGGGAGGGAGACGAGAGAUGGUAG